AUGGCCACUGCCCUCGUCCUUUGCCACGACCAAAGCCUUCAUAGAAUCAGGAUAUCUGGACGUUUUCUGACCGUCAGCAGUACUGGUCCGUUCAAGGAGCUGAACAAGAUUACCUGCUGCUCGAUGUACACCGAUCCAUCGACUUUGAAAAUUGCUCUCUUGAUUGGCAACAACCAAGGUGAUAUCCAUUCGCUGGACCUUGAAGAUUUGAAGCUUUCCGAUUUUUUGACGUUCAAGGGGGAGCUGGCCAAUAGAAUCAGCCUCUCAAACGAAAAGCCCAUUCUCCAAGGGCUUGACAGCUGCAGAACCGAGCCGAAUCGGCUGCUGUUGAGCUACGAGAAGACGUUGGUCGUUUAUGAUGUGUCGGUUCGUGAAGUUCUCGCCAAUUGGACGCUUGAGUCGGAGCCGAUGGCCGCCCACUGGUCACUGGACGGAAAAUUUGUGACUGUCGCCUCUAGUGAUGGAAGCUUUCUUACUUUCGCUCCAAAAGGAGAAUCGCUCGAGACCCCGGGUAUCAUUUUUGGACCAUUCCCUUGCCAACCCGUCAACAAGGCACUCUCCACUACCACACACCUCGGUACCCUACAUGCGUUUUCUGGUGGAAUGCCGCGGGCCUCCUACGGCGAUCGGUAUACGGUGACGACAAUCCGGACCGGACGCACCGAGUGCUGGGAUUUUGCAUCGCCGGUCAAAGAUUUUUGUUUUGCUGGGAGUCAUACAGGACAGUCCUCCCCUCUAUUCCUCCUUGUGCUCACUGAGGAAGAGCUUGUCGUGCUCUCAGUGGGUGGGAAGGAGUGGCGUCCGAUUCCGCUGCGCUGCCUUUUCCCGCUUCACGCAUCGGCCGUCACGACGAUGACCCACGUAGCUGACAUUGAGGAGGAAGUGUGGGAUCGGUUACACAAGCAUUCCCCACAUAAGCGGGCGACAAUAGCUAACUGGCCGCUUUCCUACGCACAACAGAUGGCCCAAAGAACAUCUGAACACAAGGAGCAGCUGUUGUUAACAGGACAUGCCAACGGUAACGUCAAUUUGUGGACGGCCGGGGAAGCGUCGAUGCAGUUAUUGUACUGUAUUGAGACAGCUACAGAGGUGGCCGGAUGCUCGGAGAGAAAAGAAUCGUUUACCAGAAAAUCGCUCGAGAGUGACUCAGAGGAGAGUGAAUGCCACUUGACGGACGAGUGGCCACCGUUUAGGAAGGUCGGGGACUACGAUCCUUGUUCUGACGACGUCCGUCUAUCCGUCCAGCGACUUGCCUUUGACCCCAAGACCGGGACGAUAGCUGUCGGAUGUCGUGGUGGCCAUGCGUUCGUAUACCAAUUUUGCGAGAAUCCACAGACUUGUGAUGCAGCCUCCGUCUUGGACUGCUCGCUGCUGAAGGACACCUCUGGGAUUGCACCGGCCAUCCGAUCACUUCGAGGGAUUGAACCCCGGAAUCAUAGCUUGAACUUCACCGCCGGCUACCAGCCAAGGCCGGUUGAUGAGUCGUCCGGAAGUCUUUUGGUGCAACUCUCGCCAUGUGUACCAAUCACAGCAAUUGCCAUCUAUGACGAGCGAUCCCUUUUGGCAGUCGGGACCGAAUUUGGAUUCGCAUUGAUCGACUACCAGAAAACGAGGAUCAUCCAUCAGCAAUCGUUCCUCGACCAUACAGACCUUGCCGACGCGGGUGCUUUGGACGAUGCCUUGAAUCGAUUCAAAAGCAUGAAAAAGUCGAUUCGACAAUCUUUUCGCCGAAAGAAGAAAGCAACCAGCAAUGAUACAACUUUGAACAAUGAGCAUGAGGAUGAGUUGUGCCGGCCAGUUGAGCGGCGGAUAGAGGCGCGUGGUGCUCUGACGCAGGGACUCAUCAUCGAGCCCUCCAAGGGACUAGUCAGACUCAUCAAAUUUGUCCCAAACAUCGCUCUCGGUCACGCACAAGGUGAUACAGUAUGGAUUGGGACUCAUGGCGGAAGAUUGUAUGGUUUCUCAUUGUCCGCAAACGGCGAAUGCAAGCUCGAAAGAGAAAUCCGGCUCCAACAUGCUGCGCCGGUUCGAAGUAUCGAAGUGGUGACAGAUCCCAACAAUAAGAACUCACCUGCCAGCCGAUUACUGCUGAUCACCGAAGAACAAGUCCGGGGCUACACUUUACCCCAACUGAAACCCACCAAAUAUAAAGUGAAGCUGACCGCCAAUGAGGGAUACCGAAUCAACAAAGGCAGCUUGGUCACCCUUAGACAGACCAAAGGCGAUCCCUCUUCCGACGUCUUUCUGGCCUUGAUCACCAAUAUGGGUGGUAUUCUGGUGUAUUCGCUGCACAACCACCGUAAAAACGCUAAAUUCACGCUUACCAAGGCUACCGACGUGGCCGGGAUCAACUCCUCAAUCCUGUCCCAAUACGGUGAAAUAUUCUGGCUUCGAGCCGGGGCUUCACUCCUCCAACGUGCCUCGCUAUGCGCUCCGGAAGCACCACCGCCAGUGCCGGUGGAA